AUGCUUUUUAAACGAUGUUCGUCGUUGAAAACUGUCAUCCAGCGUCAUUUAUCAUCAGCAAAACCGACUCUUUACGAAACACUGAAAGUCCAUCGAAGUUCGCCGGAUGUUUUUAUUCAACCAGCCGAAACUUUAUUCGUCUAUCCUUAUCGCACGAGUGUAUUUGGUGGUCAAAUUAUUGGCUCCGCUAUGUAUGCUGCACAUCAAACACUAGUCCAAGAUUUUCCACUGCAUAGCUUGCAUUCGUAUUUUCUGGCCGCAGCAGACAAUUCCUCCGCUAUCACUUACACAGUGAAACGAUUACGUGACGGAAAAUCAUUCGAAACACGAGCUGUCACUGCGCGACAGGAUGAGAAGAUCAUCUUCGAAUCUGAAAUGAGUUUUCAUCGAAAGGAACAAGGCACUUUGGCACAUCAAGCAGUCAUGCCUGAUGUUGGUGUUAUUCCACCUGAACAACUUCAUUCAACCAGGGAUCGAUUUCGAGAUCUUCUCAACGAUGAACGUCUUAAACCUGAAUUUCGACCAUUUGUUGAAAUGGCUCUUGAAAUACCUAAACGCAUUGACAUUCGACAUUGCCAACCACGCGAUCUUCUUCGACCAUCACCCGUGUGGCCAGCACGACAACUCGUUUGGAUAAAAGCUAUCGAUCCUUUGCCUGAUGAUUCCCAUUUACAUCGAUCUGCCAUCGCUUACUGUAGUGAUCGAGUGUUAUUAACCAGUGCAUUGCUUCCCUAUGCUCUCAAUGUCUUCAGUCCACGUAUCAGAAUGCAAGCAUCCCUCGAUCAUUCCAUGUGGUUUCAUGAUGAUUUCGCUUUCACUACAGCGCCUGAAACUCAGCAAUCAUCAACAGAAGAUGAAUUUCUGAAACCAGUUCGCCGUAGCGUUGAUAUUCCACCCGUUCCGCCGAAACUACCGGUUCGUGCUGAUGAUUGGUUACUCUAUGAAUUAGAAUGUCCAAUUGCAGCAAACAAUCGAGCGUUAACUUUCGGACGAGUAUGGACACGCAAUGGUCGAUUAGUAAUAACAUGCGUACAAGAAGGCGUGAUCCGCUGUUAUUGA